AUGUGCCAGCCCAUUUCCUCGGGGGUCAAGCGCGGCCAACAACAAUUCGAUAAGCAGGGUCAGCAGGGUCAUGGGGUGGUCCACCCCCAAUGCCCAGAAGCGGGAUUGGGCCUCGAUGCUGCGCUGCGUUGGCUGGCUGGGCGGCUGGGCGUCGUGCGGAAUCGUGCGGAAUCGUGCCCCCUGUUGAUAGAUCCAUCCACAGAUUGGAGGAGGUUGGAGCUUGAUUAA